CUUCAGUCCGGAGGUGUCCGCGGGCGGGGCGGCACGUACGGCGUGCGUGGUCGUCGCGCCACUCGACAUUGCAUUGUUUUUACUAUGCACAUCAUUGUUUAAAACAGUUCUUAUCUAAUCAAUACGAUUCAGGAGUGAUAUAACACGGCCUACGCUUCGUUUAAAGCGAGAUAACGACAAGUGUUCGAACAAAUCAGUGACAAUAAAGCGUUUUAUCUACAGCUACUUGCUGGUGGCUUAUUGACAAGUGAAAUUCAAAAUCGGCCCAUUCAUAGGACCGAUCGGUCCGAGAGUUUGUUAUUGGAUUUUUACUCGUGUAAGUGAUCUUUGUGGUGAAGCAAAGGAUGCAAAUCAAUAAUCGAGUGGAUUCCCAGCUGCGAACCGAGAGCUCGUGCUGUGCGGUUUAAUACUCAGUUGCAUAUUGAUUGCCACUGGAUCUGGAUAUUGUCGACAAAAUACCUACGUUAUACAACUCACGAUCACAUACUUGAAGUGGUAUAUUGAAGACUGAAGUUCACCUGGCCUUACUUAACGCAGUUUAUUUUAAACACUCGGUGAGUUCCUGUUCUCCUCGUGAUGUUGCGACCCGACGAGAGCGUGAGAUAGCCGCCUCGUGCGGCGGCGCAGCAUGGGUGCGAACAUGGGCAAGAACUCGAGCCUGCUCGACGCGCUGCCUUCUGCGCAAGGCACGCUGCACGUCGUCAUGCUAGGCCUCGACUCCGCCGGCAAGACCACUGCGCUCUACCGGCUAAAGUUCGACCAGUACCUCAACACGGUACCAACCAUCGGCUUUAACUGCGAAAAGGUUAAAGGCACCAUAGGAAAGUCCAAAGGAGUAAAUUUCCUCGUCUGGGACGUCGGAGGCCAGGAGAAACUCCGACCGCUGUGGAAGUCGUACACGCGAUGCACGGAUGGCAUUAUAUUCGUGCUCGACUCGGUCGACGUAGAGCGUAUGGAGGAAGCCAAAAUGGAGCUGAUACGGACGGCGAAGUCGCCGGACAACACGGGCGUGCCGAUCUUGGUGUUGGCGAACAAGCAGGACCUGCCGGGAGCGAAAGAGCCACGGGAACUGGAGAAGUUGCUGGGGCUGCAGGAGCUGGUGGCGUCGCCGCACGGCUCGCGCGACGCGCACACCUGGCACGUGCAGCCUGCCUGCGCCAUCACCGGCGAGGGCCUCCACGAAGGCCUCGACGCCCUCUACGAGAUGAUACUCAAGAGAAGAAAACUCGCUAAGCUACAGAAGAAACGCGUCAGAUAAACUGGCCGCGUCAAACUUAUGGCUACGAUUAUCAAUGUUGUGAUGUACAAUGUUAAGAUAAUGCUCAUCGCGUAGAUGUUAUUUGAUAUGUAUGUCCGAUGUGUAACACCAAAUAUUGUUUUUACUGUAGAUAUGAAGGAACGUCUUAUGAAAAUAUUCCAUCACAAUGUUGCUCAAGUAUAUUGAACAUUUUGAAGGAAACGAAUAUUUUGAUAAAACUAUAACUACUAGUCAUUUUCUUUUGAAAAUAGCUAGGCGGAGAAAACUAAAUAAAUUAAUUAUACUGUCAGUCGGUCUACUAGAUAACGGCCACGGCUUGAAAACCGAACGAAGGAAUCUAGACAUCUAUUAUUGUGACCUUAUGACUUUUCAGAAUGUUAAUACAUGGC